AUGCAAAAACUGACGGAGCGCAUAGACGACCUGAAGCAGAGAAUCGCUGCUUGGGGAAAGCGGAUUUGGCGAUAUACCAAGAGGUCGACACGGUUCAACCAGAAUCGUCUCUUCCAGAGUGAUCAGAAGAGGCUCUAUAUAUCAUUGGAGCGACCAAUAGUAAGUGGAACGGGCCCAGCACCGAAUCAGGCCGAAACUGUCGUAUUCUGGUGCGGCCUGUGGUCAGAGCCCGUAAACAACAGCGAGAGCCCUUGGACGGAAGUUGUGGCGAGUGGGUGUGCGAGUAUUAUGCCUAUGGACCCCGUCAUCAUAACGCCGGAUGAUGUAGCUGAGGCGGUUCGUAGAUCCCCGAACUGGAAAAGUCUGGGACUCGACGGGCUGCAUCACUACUGGCUGAAGGGCUUCAUGGUGUGUUACGCUGUGCUCGCCCGUCAGUUUCAAGAGGCUCUCAACCAGAAGUCACUACCUAGCCUCUUAACUACUGGUAUCACUCAUUUGGUUCCUAAAGACCAGAAUUUGAUUGCCUAA